CUUUUGGACAGUUUUGGUUGACGUUACUCCGGAAGUGUGUUGCAUGAGUUUUCUUCUUUCGCUUUGCCAUUCAUUGAGCACCUUUGCCAGUAUUGCUCUGUGGUUUGACACGGUUUUACUGGUUUCUUUUGUACCGCCGUUUAUAAAGAGCAUAGAAACCAAUAAAGUGGAUAAACGUAAAUGGCGGAGAAAGGCGCCGCUCCUGUGGCCCGCGCGGUGCUGCAGCAGUGUCUGCAGGCCAGACUGCAGGUGAAACCAGCAGAGGAAAACUCAGAGGCUGAAUUUGUCCAGAUCGACAGAGGGAUGGUGAUCUACAUCUGUUUCUUUAAAGGAGCCACAGACGACGUCCUGCCUAAAAUGGUGUCCACACUGUUGAACGUGCGUCUGUGUGAGUCCGACUCGGGGAAGAUGCUGUCGGUGUCGGAGCUCCCUGGCAGCGUUUUAAUCGUCCCUCAGGCCACGCUGGGCGGGAAAGCCAAAGGCAGGGCCAUGCAGUACCACAACAACAUCGGCAAAGAGGACGGGCUGCGGCUGUACGGCGCCUUCGUUUCUCUGUGCGAGAAGGAGCUGACGGCUGCUUCAGCUGAAGUGACGGUGAAACACGGGACGUACGGAAACAGACAAGUGCUGAAGCUCGACACCAACGGACCCUACACACACCUGAUGGAGUUCUGACAAAUGAAGCUUUGCAGUGUCAUCGUGGAGGUCGAAAUUGUCUCUAUAUAUACCACACAGUACCUAAAACUCAUUUUGAUAUGUUUUGUUUUUUUUUUACAUUUUUGUAUAUAAACAAAAUCACACUGGAAUAUGUCACGGUUUUGUUACAAUCUGCCACAAACAUGAAAAAGUACCAUACGAAAGAACAUAAACACUCACAUUUCUGAAGUUAAGGGGACUUAAAAUGCGUUCAGAAGUACACAAAAAGUUUGUGUAAAAACUUUGCAAUAGAAGAGCACUAUGCAAGAAAACAUGCUGAAUUCAUAGUGCCAUCUCUUAAAUUUAAUAAUAAAUAAUAGAAAUUUCUUUUUAAAAGGAGCCUUCCAAAACCCUCAAGGUUACCUCACAAAUAACCUAGUAAAAAUCUCUGAACAAAAACUAAUUCUGUAACAUAAUUUUAAAGACAAAAUUAUGUUAAUUAUAAAUAUAGUUAAAGGACAUUUUCCACCAGCUUUUAUUUUAAAUACAUUGUCUAAAUCAACAAAUUAAUUCCAAUUUGCUGUACAUUUCUUGCCAAGUUGCCAUCUUUUUACCCAUGUUCUACAGAUAGCAUAUAAAAUGUUUUCAAUCAGUCCAGCCUGAAAGAAAACUUAUAGUUACACAUGAAAAUAUCAGCAAUAGUAAUACAUUUCUUGCAGGGCCUAUUUUCAGCAUUAUUAG